AGCCUUUCAAACUGGAGUCCGGUUAAACCCCAGUGUUGUUCCUCAGGGGAUGAGGCCUACACGUCCUACUACAGUGACGCUGAUUAUCCCAUCACAAAAGUCCUGCGAGAGCCUGUGUAUGUUGAGGUGCACAUUAUGGAGAGGACUGACCCCAACAUUGUCCUGAUGCUGGGACGUUGUUGGACUACUUCAACCCCCAGUCCACUCAGUCUCCCCCAGUGGGACCUUCUGAUCGACGGAUGCCCUUACCAGGACGACCGCUAUCUGACCACACUGGUUCCAGUGACUGGAUCGUCUGGUCUUCAGUUCCCAACCCACUACAAGCGCUUUGUUUGUGAAGAUGUUCACAUUUGUAGAUCCAGCCUCACUGGCUGCUCUGCAGGAAACCGUCUUCAUCCACUGCAGUACAGAGGUGUGCCAUCCAUCAUCUGGCUCUUUGUGAGCAAAGCUGCACCAGGAAACGAAGAGACACCCGUAUCAAGGCUGUCCUCUGGGGAGCAGACUGUGGUUUCUAGUGGGAGAAGUUACUCUGGUCAUGUAAAUCUAGUGUUUUUAAUAAACCCUGCAGAACCCCGAGGUAUCUCUUUGUCUAUUGUUUUGGUUCGACAGAAUCCGGGAUUACGUGCCUCUUCCAGUUGUUUUUUCCUCGCACCAUUAAACCAAGGCAUUCCUUUCUCCAUCCUCCAGUUGUUAACCUGGGCAGCACAAGGGUCCACCUGA